GGGCUUCGGGCGGCGGCCGGGGCGGCCUGCGGACGGACGGGUGGGCCGAGGCGCAGGGCCCGCGCCCGCCGUCUCCCACUCCAGCCGGCGCCGGGCCCGCGCCAUGGCCGCCUCGCCGGGCUCGGGCAGCGCCAACCCGCGGAAGUUCAGUGAGAAGAUCGCGCUGCACACGCAGCGGCAGGCCGAGGAGACGCGGGCCUUCGAGCAGCUCAUGACCGACCUCACCCUGUCACGGGUUCAAUUUCAGAAGCUUCAGCAACUGCGCCUUACACAGUACCAUGGAGGAUCCUUACCCAAUGUGAGCCAGCUGCGGAGCAGUGCCUCCGAGUUUCAGCCGGCGUUCCACCCAGCUGACAGCGUGCGCGGAACCCGCCACCAUGGGCUGGUGGAGAGGCCGUCCCGGACCCGCUUCCACCCCCUCCACCGACGGUCUGGGGACAAGCCGGGACGACAAUUUGAUGGUAGUACAUUUGGAGCUAAUUACGCCUCGCAGCCCCUGGAUGAGAGUUGGCCAAGGCAGCAGCCUCCUUGGAAGGAAGAGAAGCACCCUGGAUUCAGGCUAACAUCUGCACUUAACAGGACCAAUUCUGACUCUGCUCUUCACACGAGUGCUCUGAGCACCAAGCCCCAGGACCCCUAUGGAGGAGGGGGCCAGUCGGCCUGGCCUGCCUCAUACAUGGGUUUCUGUGAUGGUGAGAACGACGUACAUGGGGAAGUUGUGUCUUUCCCCAGCCCAUUGAAGGAAGAGAAUCUGCUAAACGUUCCCAAGCCACUGCCAAAACAGCUGUGGGAGACCAAGGAGAUCCAGUCCCUGUCAGGGCGCCCUCGAUCCUGUGAUAUCAUAGGUGGCAGCACUUUUCCACACAGUGCUCAAAACAUGGGCCUCUCACCCUUUCUGGGAACCCUGAACACUGGGGGGUCAUUGCCAGAUCUAACCAACCUCCACUACUCAGCGCCCCUGCCCGCCUCCCUGGACACCAGUGACCACCUCUUUGGUAGUAUGAGUGUGGGGAACAGUGUGGGCAACCUUCCCGCUGCCAUGACUCACCUGGGCAUAAGAAGCUCUUCUGGUCUGCAGAGUUCUCGAAGCAACCCCUCCAUCCAGGCCACGCUCAAUAAGACAGCGCUUUCCUCUUCCCUAAACAGCCGCCCACAGGCAUCUGCUCCCAACGCCUCUGCGCUUCACUCUUCGCUCCGUCUCUUCUCCCUUAGCAACCCAUCUCUUUCCACCACAAACCUGAGCGGCCCCUCUCGGCGUAGGCAGCCUCCCGUCAGCCCUCUCACGCUUUCUCCUGGCCCCGAAGCACAUCAGAGUUUCAGCAGACAGCUCUCUUCAACCAGCCCACUGAAGCCGUAUCCUGCCUCGCAGGUAAAAGCAAACAAACAGCGAAACAGACUGAAGCAGUUAGGAAUUGGAUUAGGUCCUCACACCGAGCGCUGUCUGCGUCAUACUUAUUCCAUGGACGCCAUAUCAGCUUUGAUCUCUUUGAGGAUUUUAGUGACACCCCAGCACCUCCCCCAGCCUCUGCUGCAACAGCCCCACGCCCAGGAACCCGCUGCUCAGCAGCCCCAGGCAGCCCCAUCGCUGCCCCAGUCAGACUUCCAGCUCCUCCCAGCCCAGGGCUCAUCUUUGACCAACUUCUUCCCAGAUGUGAGCUUUGACCAGCAGUCCAUGAGGCCAGGCCCAGCCUUUACUCAGCAGGUGCCCCUGGUGCAACAAGGUCCCCGAGAACCACAGGACUCCUUUCAUUUGAGACCAAACCUGUAUUCCAACUGCGGGAAUUUCCCAAACACCAUCCUGACAGAAGACUCGAGCACCAGCCUGUUCAAAGACCUCGGCAGUGCUCUGGCAGGCAUGCCCGAGGUCAGCCUAAGCGUGGACACUCCGUUUCCAUUGGAAGAAGAGCUCCAGAUCGAACCCCUGAGCCUGGACGGACUUAGCAUGCUGAGUGAUUCCAGCCUGGGCCUGCUCGACCCCUCUGUUGAAGAGACGUUCCGAGCUGACCGACCGUGAUCAGAAGGGAACGGGACAGGAGGACUUGUUUCUGAAGCAGCUGAAGCGGAACGGAGUACAAUGGAGCCAGCUACACCCCUGCGCUUUACUUAUCUCGGGCUUCUGACACGGAAGGAACCAAUUCCUUGGCUCCCAGCUCUCAGACGAGGUCCCAUCUCAGGCGCCGUGGCUCAUUCUAGACCACAGAGCUGGGCGCCGCCCCUCAGGCCUGCGGCACAGGUCCUGUUGCUGCGGGCAGGCUGCUCUGGGGCUUCCGAUGAAUUGGUCGUCACCACAACCGUUACAUCUUUCACUGGCCAUCUAAUCGGUCAAUGUGUAGAAAUAUAGCGAGAGGCCUCAGUAGCCUCGUGUAGGGCUCAGAACCACUGAUCUCAGUCAACGCUGAAGAAAGGACCCAGGGUGGGGGGGCGGUUAGGGGCCACAGGCCUUCGGAAGUUGGCUCAGCAUCCAGCAACGGUACCACAGCCCCAUGAUGCCUUCUCUGAUCCAGCCAUCGUGCCUCAGCGGCGGCAGGAUGUUCCAGGGCAGAGCAGAGGGCCAGGGCUCUCUCAGAGGCCUCAAUUCCAACAUGAAGAAGGCUUUUUACCACAAGUCCAAGAACAGACUUGAGUUAAGCAAACUGAAUUCUAAUUUGUUUCCGCCCCUAAGUUUGUAAUCUCUUUUCUGCUGUUUCAGAACCCCUUUUCCUAUGGACAGGAGGAAAAGGAAGACUAUUUUAUUCAGUCACUGAAAAAAAAAAAAAAAAAAAUCCCCUGGUAAUAGAUGAGCCUGAAGAGAACGGUGCUUCUUCUUGGAGGCUGGGGAAGAGAGAAAGCGGGCUGCAGGUAUCUCAGAGACACACGAAGUCCUCCAGACAAGUUCCGGACCAUACAGGCCUCCCUCUCUACAGACCAGCUGGAGGGAGUGGCUGGAGGUCUGGGUCAGGCCCACCCAGCAGCUGCGCAGCAGCAAAGGGAAGCUGUUUCUCUGUGGAAUGGGGGUGGUUCAUGUAACCCCACUAGACCAUAAGCUCCUUGAGGGCAGGGACUGUGCCUUAGUCAUCAUCGAACCCCUAGCACCUAACAAGUGCCUGGCACUGGGCAGGUGCUGCAGAACUGUGCGUCGAAUGCACACGUGAAUGAGUGAAUGAAUGCACGAAUGAAUGAAUCUGCUUUGCUGUGAGGCAGUCUAAUCUUUCACUGUUCCUAUUCCUUACCAAAUCUUCUCAGAGCUUCAGCUUUACUAACACUUGUGCCUGUGGUUAAGUUAAGCACGCACUUUAAUAUGCUUUUAACACUAGGUGACCAAAUCCACGGUUAGACUGCAGGCCCUGUUCUCCUCCAGAGUAUGAAGGUAGGUGGAAACUGUCUUCUGAGUGCAUCCAGAAUGGCUCUGCAAACUGAGGCCUCCCACCUGCCGGGACCUCAGGGGUCCUGGCCACCUCAAAAGAUCUUCCCUCUCAGACCCAGGUUUUGCUCUCGAUUGCGUUAGGAAGAGAUUCAUUCUCUGAGGUUGAAGAAAUAGUCUAUAGUAAAAUGAAGGCCUGAUUUAUAAAACCAUCAUUAGUCAUCAGUUUCUUAGCACAAAACAGUAUAACUAUAUUUCCACCACCACCUGCCCCCUCUGACUUAGUCCAGGCCAGCCCUUGACCAGAAACCUGAUGGGUGGAUUUGGAAGCCAUCUGGGGAGGCGGGUGGGCAACGGUGCCGAAUGCGGGCAUGGGUAGACAGCACAGAGAGGACAGACACACUGAAGGAGGGAUGAAGAUGCAGGAGCCUUUGCCCAGACAGCCAGUGUCCUUCCAGGAGACACCAGGGGUGUUGCUGAAGGGUCCAGACUGCUCCCACCCAAAGAAGCAAGGCUGCACCUUGUGGGUCUGAAUCUGACAUGUGUGCCUGGUGGCCGGAGGGGUCUGUCACAGGGUCCUGGGCUGUUAACCUCUCCAGACCUUGUCCCAUUUCCUUCUGUCUUCAGGGGGAUCCCUUCCCUCCAGUCUUUCCAGUAACCUCGAUCAUGCACUGCUCCAUCUUCGCUGUGGAGCCCAAGUCUUCCCGCCUCACGUUCACCCUGAACCCCCGCUACUGAAUUAGAAAGUCAAACCAGAGUGCUCCCUGCCUGAGCUCUGGCUCAGGGAGAGGCAGCUGGCCUCCCCUUCAAAGCCAUAUUCCCAGUUAAACUUCCCGAUCUCAGAGGGCAGUGACUUUUUGUUAAAGUAAAAGGGCCUUUCAUCGUACACAGCACCCCAGUGUGCCAAAAGAAGCCAGAUCCUGGCUGCCUUUCCUGUGUCAGAGACCCCCAAAUCUGAUCUGGCCUUUCAGACAGGGAGGAGUGCUGAUGUUAUGAGAGGUUUUUUUUGAAAAGUGGAGGUUCCAGGAUAAUCUGCUCUUUACACAGUGCCUUACCCACGGGGAUCACUAGUGUCAGGGUCCCAACUCUCUUUGCACAGCAGCCCAAUCUUACAGCUGGAGACCCCGAGACCUACAGGACGAAGUGUGCUCCCCCCGGGCAUUCUCCAGGGACUCGUGGAAAUGGAGGCUCCUGGGAAAAGUGAUUUGUUUGGGGUAGUAUAAUGAUGACAGUGAGGUUUAGCACUGAAUUCAAUUUGUCCUGAGGUCCAUCCAUCCCGUCUUUUCCUGUGAAAAGGUUUUGGGCAUUAUAUAACCCACGUUGCUUACAUGGCGUCAAGGACACCCAUGGACAGGGGUCGCCCUGACCUUCUCACUGCUGCCUUUGCAACAAACUAGGCGUGGUCCUCGGCAUCUGAAGUGGCUGCAGACUUCAGAGUAAACUAUUUUUCAGUAUUUAGUUUUUCACAAGAAAUCGAUGGUUGUACUACUCUCAUUUACUAGCAGUUAAACAGCAUAGCACUAAAAACCUAUCUGUAUUUUCUAUUUUUCCCUUCUGUAUGUUUGUGGUUUUCAGGACAUACAGUGUCAGGAGAGCCUUUGGUGAUGUCAAGAUCAACAUGAAUUCUCCAUUGUCCUGUUUCAUUUCUCCUAAGUCUACUAUAUAUUACCCGAGCUGAAAUCUAUAUUCCAGUCCAUUUGCAUAUUUGAAGACAUUUCCAACUGCGCCUCUCAUCGGCUCUUCUGAUUCAUGCACAGACGGUUCCGAGCGUGUGUCUUCCGCUGCUUCGUGAUGGAACCAUCACAGCAACUAAUCAGACUUCCCGCCAGUAUCCUAGUUCCCAGCCUCAGGUGAGGUGAACUGGCGGAGAGCCCUCCUCGCUCAGCUCAGCCUGCAGUUAAGAGAUUUCUGGUCCGUGGCCCGCUUCUCACGUGUUCUUAAUACUUGCUGUUGCGCCCAGUCCUGAGAGAAGUUCAGAAGGAAGUGGAGGCACGCUGUUCCUUUGAAGCCUCGUGGACCCAGGACAGAGACAUCAUUGGCAUAUCCAUCUCCGAUGUGUACCCUCCUCCCCUGCCAUCUCUUCUCUCAGACCCACUGUCCCCAGGCCGUCACCUCCAAGCUGAUGACCUCCCACAUCCAGCCUCCUACCCCACCUGCCUGUCAGCGCAGGCCCACCUGCACUCCACCCUGUGCGGCCCGCUGCACCAUCCUUCACAGAUCUGUGGACACCGGCAAGCGUUCAUCAUCACCUGGGACACCGGCCUUCCCCACGGGGCUCUCGACUCUGCAAGGACAGGGGCUGUGUCUUCUACCUGAAUUCUACAGCCACGGUGCCUGGCAUGUAGUAGGUGGCUCAAUACAGUAAGUCCCCUACAUACGAACGAGUUCCGUUCCGAGAGCUCGUUCACAAGUCCAACAAAGUUAGCCUAGGUACACAACUAACACAAUCAGCUAUAUCGUACUCUACUGUAAUAGGUUUAUCAUUACUUUUCACACAAAUAAUACAUAAAAAACAAACACACAAAAAAUAGAACUUUUUAAAAAAAUUUUAUUUAUUUAUUUUUGGCUGCCUUGGGUCUUUGUUGCUGCGUGCGGGCUUUCUCUAGUUGCGGCGAGCGGGGGCUACUCUUCAUUGCGGUGCACAGGGUGCGCGGGCUUCUCACUGCGGUGGCUUCUCUUGUGGAGCAUGGGCUCUAGGUGCACGGGCUCAGUAGUUGUGGUUCACGGUCUCAGUAGUUGUGGCGCGCAGGCUCAGUAGUUGUGGCGCAUGGGCUUAGUUUCUCCGCGGCCUGUGGGGUCUUCCCAGACCAGGGCUCAAACCUGUGCCCCCUGCAUUGGCAGGCAGAUUCUUAACCACUGCGCCACCAGGGAAGCCCAAAGAAAACAUUUUGAAUCUUACAGUACAGAAUCUUGAAAAGUACAGUAGUCCAGUACAACAGCUGGCAUCCAGGGGCUGGCAUCGAGUGAACAGGCGAGAAGAAUUACUGACUGCAGGAGGGAGAGGAGGGGGGAGGUGGUAGAGCUGAAGGAUCGUCAGCAACAGGAGACGGAGGGCGAGCUGCGAUGUCACUCACACCUGACACGGAUGGCACAGGUUCCUUGCUGCAACCAGAUGCACGUUCGCAUCUUUGAAAGCUCACAACUUGCAGUGACCGCUCCACUGUGGACACUCAGACCCUGCACAUCACACAUCCCUCACAGCAACCUGGACGUGAGGCAGGCCAAGGAUGGCUUCUCGGGUUUCCAGAUGAGGAAGCAGGCCCAGAGCGGCACAGAGUCACCCGGUGACAUGUGGAGCACAGACCCUGAACGCGGCCGGGUUCCCAAGGUUCAAACGUGCUGGCGGAGCUGGGGAAGAGGCGCCUCUGGGCCUCUGGUGCCUGGGCCACGCACCCACGCCUCCCAGGGGCUGGACCGCCCCCCUCACCCACCCGGGAACCAGACUGUCCGGCAGCGCACGCAGGAAGCACGAGCCAGAAGGGAGCCCCCGAUUUUCUCUUUUCCAGAAAUGUAUUUUCAGUUUUUAAAUAAAAGGCUUUGCUUCUACAAUAAUAGUGCACGCACAUUAUAAGAAAUAUAAGGGACUUCCCUGGUGGUCCAGUGGUUAAGACUCCCAAUGCAGGGGUCCCGGGUUCAGUCCCUGGUGGGGGAACUAGAUCCCACAUGCUGCAACUAAAAGAGACCACAUGCAGCAAUUAAAAGAUCCCGCGUGCUGCAACUAAGACCCAGCAGCAGCCAAACAAAUAAAUAAAUAAAAAGAAAGAACUUCCAGUAACACUGAAGAGCACAAAAAAGAAAAUUUUCAAGUGCUCUGGAAAGCCAGCACCCCCAGAAGCAUCGAUGGAGACAUCUGUCUAUGCAUCUAUUCAGAGAAAAGGACAGGUAGAUUGAUGGAAAUUUUUACCAAAAAGUGUUCACACAGUACCUGCUCUUUUUGGAAAAAGUGUUUAACAGAAAGGAAAAAAAAGAAGAAGAAGAAGAAGCCUAAGUGUAACUAAAUAAAUUGCCAAGCUGCAAAUAAUUAAAAGGAAAGAAAAAUAUCCAGAGGCUGAAUUCAUUCUUUAAAUAUGCUUCAACUGUAGAUGGCAUCUCUUGACAGCCUGCAAAUUUAGGAUGAGGAAAUGAGCUCACCCACUUCCUAUCUCUUCCCCCCUCCCAAAUGUUGUGAGUUCUUAUUUUUACAUUGUCAAGGUUUGUAACUACCUGCAUCCUGUCCUGUAACCAUCCUUCCCACCAUUGUUUGGCCCCUGUUUUGUGCGUGCGCGGGUCCCCUGCUCACUGCCAGUCCUUUUAGAGUGGGUUUCCCAGCCCUCCAUUCUUGAGUUCUUUACUUUGAUUCACCUCAUGUUUGACUUGACUUGUCCCCAAGAAGUCUGUUCAGGGAGGGCUUUGGUGGUCACAGCCAAGAGGGGUGGCUGCUAGGAGCAAGGUUGGAGACCUCAAUUCUGAAAAGGGGGUUGGUGGGCUAUAAAAUUGGCUGAUUUAUGCCCAGUGAAACUGGCAUAAAUCCCCAAUGUAGGGACAAGCACUAAUACUUUCCAGUAUGACUCCUUGCUGAAAAGAGUCUUCAACUUGUAUUUGGCGGCACAUAGUUGAAGUCUUAGAAUUUGGAAAUAAAGAAAAUGACUAGGGUGGGGAACCCAGAGAGUAUUGUUUUCUUUUUUCUUUUUUUGGCCGCACCAUGCAGCAUGUGGGAUCUUAGUUCCCCAACCAGGGAUCCAACCCAUGCCCCCUGCAUUGGGAGCACAGAGUCUUAACCACUGGACCACUGGGGAAGUCCCUUGUUUUCAAAGAAAGGACAUGCCAGAUUUCUGGCUCAGGAGGCCUCUAUGACCAGGCCACCACCACUACCCUAACAGCACCCGCCCCCAACACACACACACACACACACACACACACACACACACACACACACACUUCAUCCCUUUGACAGCAGUGCCCUAUCCCAUAUUCACCUGAAAAAACCCAACUUCUCCUUCAAGACCAAGGUCAAAUGACACCUCCUCUGUGAAGCCUUUUGUAUGUUCUGGAUUAUUGCUUGGCAAAUAUUUACUUCUCUGCCUUCCCACUUUGGCAGCGGUAUACCUCCAGGCCCCUUUGCUCUUAGGCUCUGCUAUGUGACUUGCUUCGGCCAAUGAGAUAUUUGGAGACAAAACCUGGAGUACAGCCUUGUCAUGAGCUGGUGGCAGAGCCCGCCCACUCGUGUUUCUGCCAUUGCCAUAAGCACACCUUUCCCUGCAUGGCCCAGUGGUUCCAGGAGAAUGAGAGGCAGGGUAGACCUCCAUGUAAUCCAUGCCCAGGAGCCAGUCUAACCAGGCCCAGCUGAAAUUGUCAGGGCUGCCCCAGUCAGUGUGCAGACACAUGAGCCAGAAAUAAAUGCUUGUAACAGUAAGUUAUUGAAUUAUGGGGUCAUUUGUUAUGCAGCAUUGUUGUGACAAUAGUUGACCGAUACACGUUCUCUGUUCAUUUCCUCUUCUGUGCUUGAGAUGCAUGCACUUUGUG